CUGGAGGCGACGCGAUCUCAUUGGGCCGGGCUGGAGGCAGGCGAGCGGUUUUAAUACGUGGUGUGUAGCAGGCGAAUCGCGCAGUUUGCCUCAGACCUCGCAUUGAGCGUUUCUGUACCAACGCCUCACAGUUCUGGACUGGAGCUGUCAACGCAAGGGUAGCGACUCCUCGAUCACAACGUGUUCCUCAUGACCAUCGCCCGCGCAGCAAACCUGACAACCCUCUUGACACCUCAGACCUGAGAUUACCCUUAUCAUUCUGAAAUCAAACCUGGCACAAUAAUUCCUGUGAAUUAACACCAGCUUCCUUUUGUCAUUAUCGUUGGAAUAACUUGUAACUAUGACAACGGAAUCCGGCACGGAUUCUGAGUUAACGAAUGUUCAGGAGCAGUCACCCCAGCAGGAGCAGCAGCCUGUCAUACAGCAAGAGAUGGCAGACAAUAAAGAACAUCUGGCAGCCGAUUCCAACAGCAAGCAGGAUCAGAAUCCUGAGAAAGAUAAAAAAACCCAAACCAUCCCAAAAGUUGUUGAAGAGCUAGACCCUGGAGAAACUGACGAUGACAAAACUUCAGAAAGGACGACACCCGGCAGAACCCCCAAGUCACCAUUAAAAGGAUCCAAAAAACCAAAGACAAUGCCAUGCAAGGUGAUGCUCCUGGAUGGCACAGAAUUUGAAUGUGAGGUGGAGAAGCGCGCCAAAGGCCAAAUGCUAUUUGAUCUGGUCUGUGAGCACCUUAACCUGCUGGAGAAGGACUACUAUGGUCUGACGUUCUGUGACUCUGAAAGUCAGAAGAACUGGUUGGACCCUUCAAAAGAUAUAAAGAAACAAAUUCGAAGUGGCCCUUGGCAUUUUGCAUUCACAGUGAAGUUUUAUCCUCCAGAUCCAACCCAGCUCUCUGAAGAUAUCACGAGGUAUUAUCUUUGUCUGCAGCUGAGAGAUGAUAUUAUCUCUGGGCGAUUGCCUUGCUCUUUCGUUACACAUGCUCUGUUGGGUUCAUACACUGUUCAGGCAGAACUGGGAGAUUAUGAUCCUGAGGAGCAUGGGCCUGACUACGUUAGUGAGAUUCGCUUUGCACCAAAUCAGACAAAAGAACUCGAGGAAAGGGUGAUGGAGCUACACAAGACUUACAGAGGCAUGACACCUGGAGAAGCAGAGAUGAACUUUUUAGAAAAUGCUAAGAAACUCUCAAUGUACGGCGUGGACUUGCAUCAUGCCAAGGAUUCUGAAGGGAUCGAUAUCAUGCUUGGUGUCUGUGCAAAUGGACUUCUAAUUUACAGGGACCGGUUAAGAAUAAACCGUUUUGCUUGGCCCAAGAUUCUUAAGAUUUCAUACAAAAGGAGUAAUUUCUACAUUAAGAUCAGACCAGGAGAAUAUGAGCAGUUUGAAAGCACCAUUGGUUUCAAGCUCCCAAAUCACCGAGCUGCCAAGAGACUCUGGAAAGUCUGCAUAGAGCACCACACCUUCUUCAGACUUGUGUCCCCUGAGCCACCUCCAAAGGGAUUUCUUGUAAUGGGUUCCAAGUUCCGCUACAGCGGUCGUACACAGGCUCAGACAAGGCAAGCCAGUGCAUUAAUUGAUCGCCCAGCACCCUACUUUGAACGAUCUUCAAGCAAAAGAUACACAAUGUCGAGGAGUCUAGAUGGAGAGUUUUUCCGUCCAGCUUCUGUUGGGGAGAACCAUGAUGCCCUUUUGAAGGAUUUGACAAAGGACCCAAGCGAAACUUCAAGGACAGAAACACCAGAUACAACGCAGUCAGACAGCAAGAAAUCCUCCCAGAAGUCAGAGAAAACAGAAGUUACAACACCAACAAAAAUAAAAGAAAUGAAGUUCCUGGAUAAAUCAGAAGAUGUGUUGUUGAAGCAUCAGGCGAAUAUCAAUGAACUCAAACGGACUUUACAAGAGUCUACUAAUAUUAAGAUAAGUCAUGGUGACCGGGAAAAGAAAUUAACAACUUCUCCAUUAAAACCAAAAGAGAAGGAGCAGGAGGAAUCCGAGAAGCCUAAAGAGUCUGUGAGGGCUGAAGAGGAGGUCAAGGAAGAGCCUACUUCUCAAGUGGGUGCCAUUGCCUUAUCUCUGGAAGCUUCAGCAAAGAAAAGCCUUGCAUCUUCCCCUGAGACUAAACCUGUUCGCGAAAGCACCUCAGAAGACAAAGAUGCAAAACCUUCAAGAGAAGCUUUAAAAUCUCCCGGGAAGACUUCUGUAAAAGGGGAAGCCUCUGAAGAUUCUGUUACUUCAGCAACUGUAUCCCAGGAGCUGUUCCCUUCACAUGAAAUAAGUGGUGAAGAAACUGCCAAAACCAAGAGCCCUGAAGCAAAGCAGGAUCUGAAAAGGAGGUCUUUGCUGGCCAAGCAAGAAUCUGAUGAGGCCAUGGAGCAGAUGCAGGAGCUUGUGCCGCAGACCGUGGUGGUUGAACAAAGACAUUCCAGCAUUAUCACAAACGCCUCAGAACCUGCUGAACUCGAGAAAGACCUUUCAGCGUCUGAAGGAAUUGACGGAAUAUUGGAAGAGAAGUUAUCAAUGGAAGCUAAGGCGAUUAAGCAAGAAAGUGACAAUGCUGUCUCUGAAGCCAGUACUCCAAGUACCAAAAGUACUGAAAAGCAUCCCGCUCAAGAGGAUGGCGUUGAUCAGCACAAAAGCAAUGGCCAAGAACCUGAGGAGAAACCUCAACAUGAGGAUAUCUCAAAAGCAAAAACAGGGUUGCCAAGUGAGGAACCUAUUGUAAAAGUGGAAGCCACCUCCAAAGAAACACCAUUGGAAAUCAAAACACCCACCAGCACCAUACAGAUUACCAAUAGUCAAGAUCCGGGGAAUGAAGUUGUAACAAGCUCUCAAAAUAUUGUAUCAGAAACUCUGCCCGCAUCAACUGUUGACAAUAAUAGUGGAGUUACGAGCUCUCAGUCUGUUACUUCAGAAACUAUAUCAACAUCAACCACCACUCAUAUCACCAAGUCAGUGAAAGGGGGAUUCUCUGAAACCAGGAUUGAGAAGAGAAUUAUCAUCACAGGAGAUGCUGAUGUUGAUCAAGACCAGGCUUUGGCUCUUGCAAUUAAGGAGGUGAAACAACUACACCCUGACAUGCUUGUGACAAAGGCGGUUGUUUAUAAAGAAUCAGAGUCAGAAACUGAGCAGAAUGCAAAGGAAUCAAAGGAGUAAUAGCGUGGAGUGCAGCUCCGUGAAUCACGCUGGAAAAACAUAUGGAAUCAUACUUUUGCUCUCAUCAACACAGAAUUUUGCUGCCUUGUAAUUUCACACAGAAGAAAUGGGAAAGAAUAUUAUUAUUAAUAUAAAAAUUAUACACCUGCUGUGCAAAAAGAAAUUUCAGUUCCAAUCACCGCCAAGAAAAUAAAACAUUUGCAAUUCCAGAAAGCGCAUGUUGAAGGGAAAGUAAGCCAAAACUAGAACUUCUAACCAUAAUUCUACAAUAUGAGCUUUUCCAGCAAGUAGAACCCCACAGGGGAGCAUCUUUCAUGGAGAUGGAAGCAAGAUAUUGUAACUAAUGUUCAAUAACACAUGCUUAUGCUAUGGAUGUCGAUUUAAAUUUCUUCCUUUUUGAUCUGUUAAUAAAGGUCAGCACCUAUCAUACAAAAUAUCCUAUGGAAAUGAAUGGCACAUAUUGGUUCCCAAUUUGGAUGUGCAUUAAUUUAUAUUGAAGUAUGCUUAUCUGGUAAUAUAAAGAUUGGAUGUAAUCCUCAUCUGAGGUUUGUAAUAUUCAAAUAGCUACCUGGUGUUGGUUUUUAAACUUGACACCAGGCUUGACAGCUGUUCGUGUUUUUUUGUAAAAUAAAAGAAAUCUUAAUUAUUUGAAAGUGAAUAAUUUUAGGCAAAUGAGUUUUCACAGAUGUCUUAAUCAAAUGAUAGUGGAUAGAAAUUUGUUAGCACACAACUAGCUGUUUCAGGUGAUGUGCAUAGGAAGGUGAUCAAAAUAGUGGUUCAGUAAAAAUACUUAGCAAUGGUUUACAAAGGACAGAACAUUUUGUUCCAAAAUUGAUUUCCUCUCCAUUCCAUUGCACCAUGAGCAUACUCGGAUUUUUUUUUAAAAUUUGUUCUGAAUUCUUAAGAACAGUUACAGUAAAGUGACACAAUACUUAAUGCCUGCAAAGGAAUAUUAGGUGUUGUUGAGUGUACAGAUAUGAACUGCUUUACAUACUUGGCAUUACAGGAGACAUCUUUUAUACGUAACUCAUCGUUAGUAUUGAGGCACUUUGAUUACUGCAUAUCACAUUACUGUACAUGUGGUUGUGUGUGAUGUCAUAUGCCUUGUGCAUGCUUAGAUGAUGCAAUGAACAGCUGAGGGAAGCAAAAUAUUUGCACAAUUGGCAUUUAAUCAAUUGUCAUUCAUUUGUUCACCAUUGCUAAAUAUAUUUUUGAUAGGAUUGUUUUAGUGAUUUAUCCGAGAUUUUAAAAUGAACAUGAGUGAUGAAGUAUUUGAAAAUCUUUCCAUUUGUAUCAACAGCUGACAUGAGUUUGUGUGCAUGAGUGCCAUGAUGCACUUUAAUACAGAUAUGAAAUGCGCCAUCACUGCUUUCAUCCCCCUCUACAGCUCUAUAUGUAUUCAUUGUAUCCUUUUACUUCAAAGUGAAAUAAAUGUGCCAGAUGCA